GCUAAAUUAUCCCGAGUGUUUUAUUUGCAGCAAAAUUUAUUGAAAAAAUGUGCGCAGUUUUUUAUAUUUUUUGGCCGUUGGGAGUUCUGUUAUGCCUAUAUUUUAAACUAGCGAUUUAUGGCUGAAAAAUUAAAAAAAUCGAAAUUUUUUCUUCUUUUUGGGAUGUAUUUUAAUUCUCUUUUUGAUAUCAAAAUUUCUGUUUAGAAUGCAUAAUUUCGUUGGCAACAUUUUUUAUGGUUCUGUCAACCAUUUUUUAUUUAUUUAUUUAAUCGGUGAACCAGUAAAUAAUCGCCAGCGUGACUCGAUUGGUAAUUUUGGUGAGAAAGAGUUGAAACAAUUAAGGAUGAGCGAGACUUCUUCGGAAGACGGAAGGGCUGCAAAGCCUACGCUUGACUUACAGUCCAGUGGAUCUGCUGCAACUGAAUCAACGAUCUCCCCUGCUUCCAAGCCUGCAAGGUCAAAUCCUUUUGGAAAUGCUCGACCCAGGGAGCAAGUGAUUGCUGAAAGAGAGGGCAAGCCCGAAACUGAAGUUCUCAGGGAGCAAGCUAAUAAGGACUGGAAAUCUUCUAUGAGAUUAACAGAGGCACAAAGAGAGGAAAAAAAGGCAGCUGAAGCAGAGUUACUUUAUGCUAAGAAAGAACUUGAGGAGGAAAAAGAUCCUGGGAAAGCAAAGCUUUUACAGAAUGAAGUUGAAUUAAAGGAGGGCAAACUCAAUGAGUUACUCGAGUCAUUUGAGAAAAUGGCUGUUCAGUCUCCACAAAGUGGCAUGGUAAGACGACCUUCUGACAGAAGACGUGAUGAUGACCGUCUGUCAUCUGCUUAUGGUAGCAGUGCCGGUGGUAUUGAUGGAGGAUCUGGUCAUCCUGACACACAAGAAAGUUUCUCAAACUUCAGAAGUCGGGGCAGAGAAAGUGGUCGAGGAAGGGGACAGUCUGAGUGCUACAACUGUGGACAGAUUGGUCACUUUUCUCGUGAAUGUCCCAAUGGUGGAGCACGUAGCCAUGGAGGAAAAUUUUCGGGGGGAAGGGGUGGCAGCCGUCAGUGUUAUUCCUGUGGCCAAGAGGGGCACAUUUCAAGAGAAUGCCCUGCAAAUUAUGGAGCAAUGGCAUCUGGAUAUGGUGGCUAUGGGGGAGACAACUCUAGAGGUGGAUACUCAGGGGGGCAAAGUGGUUAUGCGAAUGAAGCUGCCUAUGUACAUGAAGGUGCUUAUGCCAAUCAAGCAGGAUAUGGUUAUGAUACAGAAGGCUAUAUGACUUCCCAAACAAAUAGUGUUUAUAGUGCUUAUGACCAGCAACAAAUCCAUUCAAACAACCGUUCAUACUCUAGAAGAUAAAUGGCAUAGAAGAAAAUUUGUUAGCAGCUUCAUAACAAUUUUGUACAGCCUUUAGAAUUUUAUUGUGGAUUUUUUUUUUCAUAGUAGUGACCCAUGGUCAUUGUGUGAUUAUCCCUGAAGCUUUUGGGUGUUCUUAAAAAUUAACCAACAGGAUGCUUUAGACUCUGGCUGAGGUUUUAAACUGUCUUUUUUAAAGAAAUCGUGUAUUGGCUUUAACCAACAGGAUGCUUUAGACUCUGGCUGAGUUUUUUAACAGUCGUUUUUAAAGAAAACAUGUAUUGGCUUUGCCAAGGCUAUACGGCGAAUCACGUGUAAUCUGGCAUCCUUAACUUUGUGAAUCUAGAUUAAUAAAGCUCUAUUCAUAUAGGCAAAGAGAUUCAAGCUGUAUAUUUCAAACCUAAACUAUAAGAAGUGCCUCGCUCUGCCAUAUAUAUAAAAAGAUUGUUUUUGGACAAAUUAUAAUGUUUCUAAGAUUGUAAAUUCAGCACUAACUUUGAAAGAGGAGAUAUCAGGGUGGCACUUAUGCCCCUUUUCUUGGUGC